UCUAUACCUUCCUUCCUAUCUGUUGCAGCGAAUUGACUCUUCUAUUUAUAGUCUUUUAUUUUCCUUCCAAAUGCUCUACUGAAUCUUUCGCUCAUAAUUCUACUGCAAACUUCUUUUGAAAAACAAUGUCAUCAGUUCAAAUUCAAAUUUGUGUAUGUAUUGUUUGAGAAUUGGAAUUUGAGGAGUGAUCGAGCACAUACACUUGCCAGUUGCUCAUACUAUUUGUACGUUUGUUUAGCUCAACUACUUUAGAAAUGGAUGCUUCUCAAAAUGAUGUCACACCAAUGUUGUCAGCCACAUAUCAAAGUGAUGAAAUUGAUGAUGCCUCUCGGUAUGAGAGGUUUUCAUACAGGGCAAGGAGUGCAUCAUUAUCCAUCCCUGUAAACUUCAUGGAGUCAUAUCAGACUGAUAAUGCUUUUGUUGGGUAUACUGGUCCCUUGACAAGUGAAAGGCGGACUUCUGCCAUACAGAUGAGUGGUCCAUUGCAUCUUGCCCGCAAGCCCGAAAACAGCAAAACUAGGCCAUCUCAAGUAGCACCAGGACUCAAAUCACGGAUGGAAAUGGAAAAAUAUCCUUCUUUUUCUGAAAGGGAAUCAAACGACUGGACAGAUAAUGAUUAUUCACCGAAAAAUCAACAUCUGUUGAGAUCAGGGAAACUUGGAAUGUGCAAUGAUCCAUAUUGCACAACAUGCCCAACUAUUGACAACUUAAAGGCGCAGAAUAAAAAGUCAAAAUCACCAGAGACAUCUGAUCACAAGUCCCAUAAUAUGGUAUACGGAGAUGCAAGAGGUUGUGCGAAGAAAAUUUCUUCUUUUAUGUGUUCAUGCAUUCCAGGUGUCAUGAAUCCACAUACUACGGCGGUGCAGCGGUGGAACAAAUUCUUUGCUGUCUCUUGCUUAUUUGCUAUUUUCAUAGAUCCACUCUUCUUCUUUUUGCUAUCUGUGAAGCAGGAGCAAAAAUGCAUAAUAUUUAACUGGCGUCUAAUGAACGCGAUUGUGGUUUUGAGGAGCUUGACUGAUUUCAUAUACUUGAUUCACAUGCUUCUUCAGUUCCGGUUGGCUUUUAUUGCUCCUGAAUCUACUGUUAUGGGAGUAGGUGACUUAGUUGACCACCCCAAGGAAAUUGCUCUCCAUUAUCUCAAAGGACGUUUUUCUCUUGAUUUCUUUGAUGUAUUGCCAUUUCCUCAGAUCAUUGUAUUGUUGUUUCUACGAGGAUCAUCUAGUGCAAAUUAUGCAAAAAACCUCUUACUGGCAGCAAUUUUUGUUCAGUAUGUACCUAGAUUGUACCGCUUCUUCCAUUUACUUGCAGGCCAGUCUCCAAGUGGCUUCAUAUUUGAGUCGGCAUGGGGUAACUUUGUGAUAAAUCUUCUAACUUUUGUGUUGGCUAGCCAUGCGGUGGGGUCAUGUUGGUAUCUUCUUGGCUUACAGAGGGUGAAUCGAUGUCUCCGUAACUCCUGUCAUGGUUCUAAAAUAGAGGGUUGCAGGAAAUUCAUUGACUGCGGGUAUAGCAAUAAUUACACAGAUUUCUCAUCACUUAAGUUAUGGCGAGAGUGGAACAAUAGUGCGAAUGCAAAUGCUUGUUUUAGCAAGGAUGGUUUUGAUUAUGGGAUUUAUGGUCAAGCGGUGAAUCUUACAACAAAGAACAAUGUAGUUACGAGAUAUGUGUACUCCCUGUUCUGGGGCUUCCAGCAAAUAAGUACACUUGCUGGGAAUCAGGUUCCAAGUUAUUUUGAGUGGGAAGUUCUUUUCACUAUGGGCAUUAUUGCACUGGGUCUCCUACUUUUUGCUCUGCUUAUCGGAAACAUGCAAAACUUUCUGCAGUCUCUUGGUCGUAGGCAGUUAGACAUGUCACUCAGGAAACGCGAUGUUGAGCAGUGGAUGAGCCACCGCUGCUUGCCAGUGGAACUCAGAAGGCGGAUACGACAAGCCGAACGCUAUACUUGGGCAGCGUCCCGAGGGGUCAAUGAAGAAAAGCUUUUAGAGGAUUUACCUGAAGAUAUCCAAAGAGAUAUACGGAGGCACCUUUUUAAAUUUGUCAAGGAGGUCCGCAUUUUUGCAGUUUUAGAUGAUACAGUUUUAGACUCCAUUCGCGAAAGGUUAAGACAUAAGACAUACAUAAAAGGAAGCAUUGUUUUACACCAAGGUGGUCUUAUUAACAAGAUGGUUUACAUAAUCCGGGGAACGAUGAAAAGCACAGGAGAGGACGGAAAUGAGGCCCUGUUGUAUAAAGGCAUUGCUUGUGGGGAAGAACUCCUCACUUGGUGCCUAGAACAUUCUUCUGCGAGUAAAGAUGCAAGAAAUAUGAGGGUUCCAGGACACCGGCAGAUUAGUAAUAGGGUUGUGCAGUGCCAAACUAAUGUUGAAGCAUUUAUAUUGCGAGCAACAGAUCUUGAAGAGGUCACUGCUGUGUUUGCCAGAUUUUUUAGGAGCCCGCGUGUUCACGGUGCCAUAAGCCCAUAAGCGAGCACUUGCAGCGAGACACAUUCAAGUUGGAUGGAGAUAUUGGAGGAAGCUAGUGUCAAACUCAUGAAGACAACAUCAAUCAGAGAGUCAUGCAAAUAGUGUCGUCCCGCAUUGCAAUUCUCUCGUUAGAUUGAACUAUGCGAAAAUGCAAUUUUUUGUUGAUUAUUACAAUGUAUUACUCUCGAGUUAAGGUUCUCAUUCUAAAAUGACAUAUUUUUUUGAUAAUAACUGAAUAAAAUUGAGUUAGAUUGAGAAGUAGUUUGAGAAGGUAUAUGAUAUAAUGAGGUAAUACUAGGGGUAGUUUGAGAA